AUGGAGAUGACCAGAGGAAACGCCUGCGUGGUCAGUGUCUUGAAUCUCCCUUGCAAUCCUGUGAAUGAGUUUCAGACUGUGACCCAUUCCCUGGAGGAGGCAUGCCUGAAUCAGCUGGGGCACACAAAAGUGCUGUGGGACGGGGGUCUGUUUCCCAGCUUGCACCUCUCAGAGGCCGAGGAAUCAGAAUGUGCCUACACGCUCUUUGUUGUGGCCAUAUUUUGGAUCACAGAGGCUCUGCCUCUCUCAGUGACCGCCUUCUUGCCAGGUUUAAUGUUCCCUCUAUUUGGGAUCAUGUCUUCUACAAAGGUGGCAUCUGCUUAUUUCAAAGAUUUUCACCUGCUCCUAGUUGGAGUCAUCUGUUUAGCAACAUCAAUAGAAAAGUGGAAUUUGCACAAGAGGAUUGCUCUGAGAAUGGUGAUGAUGGUGGGUGUGAACCCAGCAUGGCUCACAUUGGGGUUCAUGAGCAGUACUGCCUUCUUGUCUAUGUGGCUUAGCAACACCUCUACUGCUGCCAUGGUGAUGCCCAUUGUGGAGGCUGUAGCACAGCAGAUCAUCAAUGCUGAAGCAGAAGCUGAGGCCACCCAGAUGACUAAUUUCAGUGGAGCUACCAACCACGGACUGGAAAUUGAUGAAUCUGCUAUUGGGCAUGAAACAAACGAGAUGAAAGAGAAAGCAAAAUCAGGAUACAGUGAUGAUGAUGCAGGAAAAAAUUCGAGCAAGAUGGAGGUGGAAAAGACCGCAGGCACAGGAACCAAAUAUCGAACAAAGAAGAACCACAUGAUGUGUAAGCUCAUGUGUUUGUGCAUUACUUACUCUUCUACCAUUGGUGGACUGACAACGAUCACCGGGACCUCCACCAACUUAAUCUUUACCGAGCAUUUCAAUGUACGCUACCCUGACUGUCACUGCAUCAACUUUGGAUCGUGGUUCCUGCUCUCCUUCCCGGCUGCUAUUAUUCUUCUAUUCUUGACCUGGAUCUGGCUCCAGUGGCUUUUCCUAGGAUUCAAUUUUAAAGAGAUGUUCAAAUGUGGCAAAACCAAAACAGCCAAAGAAAAAGCUUGUGCUAAUGUGAUUAAGCAAGAAUACCAAAAACUCGGGCCAAUGAGGCCUCAAGAAAUCGUGACCUUGGUUCUGUUUGUUGUGAUGGCCCUGCUAUGGUUUAGCAGAGAACCCGGGUUUGUUUCUGGCUGGUCGUCACUUUUUUCAGAGUACCCUGGUUUUGCUACAGAUUCAACUGUUGCCUUACUUGUAGGAAUCCUGUUCUUUAUUAUACCAGCUAAGAAACUGACUAAAACUACGCCUACAGGAAACAUUGUUGCUUUUGAUUACGCUCCAUUGAUUACUUGGAAAGAAUUCCAGACAUUCAUGCCCUGGGACAUAGCCAUUCUUGUCGGUGGAGGGUUUGCCCUGGCAGAUGGGUGUGAGGCCUCUGGACUGUCUAAGUGGAUAGGAGAUAAACUGACUCCUCUAGGCUCAUUACCAAUUUGGUUGAUAAUUCUGAUAUCCUCACUGCUUGUCACAUCUCUGACGGAGGUAGCUAGCAAUCCAGCUACCAUUACUCUCCUCUUCCCAAUAUUAGCACCAUUGUCUGAAGCCAUUCACGUCAACCCUCUGUACAUCAUGCUGCCAGCGACUCUUUGUACUUCAUUUGCUUUUCUCCUACCAGUUGCAAACCCACCCAACGCUAUUGUGUUUUCAUAUGGUCAUCUUACAGUCAUUGACAUGGUUAAAGCUGGACUCGGUGCUAAUAUUGUGGGUGUUGCAGUAGUGAUGCUCGGCAUAUCUACCUGGAUGGUACCCAUGUUUGACCUUCACACCUACCCUUCGUGGGCUCCUCCAAUCACUAAUGCGACAAUGCCAUGA